ACAGAAUGAGUGGCUGGCAGAUUGGUUAUGAAAGCAUGGCCCCCGACGGAGAGGGUCGAGAUCCCAGGACACCUAGACUCAGCAGAGUCUCUACAGGCACCCCGCCUCUCUCCAGCGCCCCAGCUGGAGAAGGGGCCGGCACCCCCACCCCCCACCCCCGCCCACCCGCGAUGCCUAAAGAGGAAGCUGCGUGGCCCCUUGCUUGCUGUGGCUGCUUCUCCCAGGUACAGGAGGCACGUGCGCUUCUGCGUUUUCCCGACAGGCGGCGCUAUUCUAAUGCAUUUACUUACUGUAUGUGUCGGAGUGUUCUGCCUGCAUAAAUGUCACAUAUACAUGUGUGGCUGGAGCCCAUGGAGGUCAGAAGAGAGAAGGAUAACCCAGGCUGCUCUCUACGUCGCAAGAGCUUGAGGACCAGCCCAGCUGCAAAGCAUCUGUCAUGUCAUGUUCUGUGAACUCAGAUGCCAUCCUGAGAGUCACCAUUCAUCCCAGCUCCAGCAUCAUUUAAUGAACUUUUACAAAUGUUUCCAUUGGGUACCCCAAGUUCCCCUGAGGAUGCAGAGUGCUUCAUCACCUGUGGGGAGCACUCUCAGACCCCUUGGCAGUAAGUCACUUCUCCUACUCUACCCACCAGAGACAAACACUUGUGUCUUCACUUCCUGCUGAAAAUGAAUUAAUAGCCCUUCAACUUUUGGCUCUGGCUUCUCCUACUUAGCAAAGCAUCACUGGGAUUUGUCCACACUAUGUCAGUAUCAUCUUUUUUAAAUUGCUGAGUAGUAUUCAAGCUAGACAAGCCUUAGUCAACUUAUCCUGCCCCCUCCUGUUGAUGGCAUUAUGAUCUUUGUUGCUGACAUUGUUUAUCCCUUGGCUUGUAAUAUCCUCCUUGUCAUUGACCUGUGGACCCCACACAAAAUCACACCCAUAAGCCUUCCAAGACGCAGUGCGAAGGCUGGGGCUUUGAAAAACACUUUGUAAUCCACUGCCACACCUCAGCUCAGGGGACUGCUCCCUCCUCCCUACUUGUUCAUACUUUGACCUUUGUCCUUGACUGUUUUAUGAUCCUCACUUGUUUAUAGAUUUGACUCCUAUUACUGCAGCCCACACCGCAGAGGGCAGGCACCAGGGGGUUUCACUCUGCCUUAUACCUGGAGCUGCCUGGAGCAGGAGGGGCACAGGCUUGGCAAGCUGAAACCAAUCCUACCUUUUCCACCAUUAACAUAAUGAUCCUCAUGGGUUGUGAAUAAAAUGUCCCCACAAAGCUCUUGGCAUGGAGCAAGUUUCUGAAACAGGGGGAUAAAACUUACUUGUGGAAGACACAGAGGAGCCUGUGAUAAAGUUAGUCACAUGCCAUGAAGCCUGGGUUUCUUUUCAUUCUUAUAGUACAGAAAGAUUUGCUUUGUUUCAAAAACAGACAUGACCUGGAGAGCCAGAUAAGCAGGGAGUUCCACUUCCCAUUUACCUUACUUUGCUUUUUAUUGCUGUGAUAAACACCAGGGCCCAAAGCAAGUAGGGCCUGAGAGGGUUUGCUUUGCCCUAUGCUUUACAGCCAUCAUCAGAAGACAAGACAGGAACUCAAGUGGGGCAGGAACCUGGGGAGUUGAAGAAGAGGCCAUGGAGGAAUUCUGCUUACUCGCUUGCUUUCUGUGGUACAUUCAACUUGACCUUUUAUACAACCCAUGAUCACCUGCCCAGGAGUGGGUCCACCCCUAUCAAUUAUUGAUUAGAAAAUUCCCCACAAGCUCUCCUAAGGGCCAGUGAAAAGACUAGUCAACUGAGGGUCUCUCUUCCCAGAUGACUGUAGUGUGUGUCAAGCUGACACAAUGUUCCAGGCUAACUGGCACAACUGCUCUCUUGACAGAUUGACACAGGGACACAUCAUUGUUAAACUGCAACUUUUACUUUCUUGGAUAUUACCAGUAUUUCAUGGUAACACCUCGGUAUAAAACAUAUCAUAAUCUUAAAAGUCCCAUAGUCUUUUACAUUUUAAAAGUCCAUGUUCCUGCCUGGCAAGAUGACUCAGGGGUUAAGAGCACUGACUGCUCUUCCAGAGGUUCUGAGUUCGAUUCCCAGCAACCACAUAGUGGUUUACAACCAUCUGUAAUGGGAUCCAAUGCCCUCUUCUGGUGUGUCUGAAGACAGCAACGGUAUACUCACAUAUGUAAAAUAAAUAAAUAAAUCUUUAAAUUCCUGCUCCCCU